GCUGCCGUGCUGCGUUCUGGCCGUAGAACAAAUUCGACUGCGAAAAAGAGUGUACAUAUUGUGUUUUGGGGAGUGUUUUCUUGAAGAAAUGAAUUUUCACUUUUUCGCCGUCGAAUGGGAACCUGAAAAGUGGUUCAAAGCGUGACCACGAGUGUACGGAAACCGAAACCGAUUGAAGUUAGUUCCGGGUGGCCGCGACCGCGGAAGAAAAGUGAACUUUUUCGGACAAGGAAAAUUCAGAAUUGGAAAACUUCAUUUUUGAUCGCGCACACAUUCAACUGGGACGGGGGGUAAAAAGUGAAGUUGGUAGGGAACGUGUGAAGGGUGAUGUGUGAUGUGAAAAAACAACUAAUGUUGUUCGAUAGCAGCAAUGAAAGCUAAAAGCAUAUUGCUGGGGUGUCUUUUCAUUCGAUAGUUUUUGUUUCCUCUGUCAAACGCUGCGUGUCACUGCUAGAGUUCGUCAAGUUUUCCCAUAUUGCAAGUGAAAUGAGUGAAAAACUUUCGAAACGACGUCGUACGAAUGAAAAUCAAAUUUUCAUCACAUGCACGCCGAGGAAAAGAGGAUUCAUCCCCCUUGCCUAAUGAGAAGAGUUGCCUCAUUUCGGCCGUCUGUCCAUUUGCUGGAUUUACCCUUCGUGUGUGCUACUCUAUCUCCACUCCAGUAGUGUGCAAAGGCGCCUCCUCGCCCUCGUUGGAGCCCCUGGCUCUCUUCUUCCAUUGUGUGUGAUGUGCGACUAUUUUCCGGGCGUUUCUAUCGAUCAGUUACUCAAAUUUUCCAAGUGGCGCUUUGUUGGACGUGUAUUUUCAACUCUAAACAAAAUCCCCGUUAGCGGUAAAAAUGUGAUCAUCGUGAAAUAGAAGUGGCAACAUCAGUUUCAAGCUUGCUGUUCCCCUUUCACGCCCACGCGUGAUUCGAAGAAGAAAAAAGAAAAAAAAAAGCAUACACAAAUAGUGUAUCCUCCAUAUCUGAAGUGAAAACAAAUCACAGUAAAAGAGAAGAUAUAAAAAAAUAAAGAAGAAAACCGUGCAUUUAAACCUCGUGAUCAAAGCGAAGAGGGAAAAAGUGGAAUAAUUUACACAUCAAAGAAUAUCUCGGCCCAGCAUAGAACAGAACACGAAAACGAAACAAGCGGAAAAUAUGGAUCAAUGUUCGAGGAGCCUGCUGGUGUCUGCUUUGUUCAGCACGAUUAUCCUCGUCGGUUUAUAUAAUCCAGUUGAAGGUGAAUUAGCGACUCAAUACCUUCAAUGCUCUAUAACGGCACCGGCCAUGUCUUUGCAAUCUGGUGGAAAAAGGGAAGAGAUGUGAGCGUGAUCUUUACUGUUGGUGACCGUGUUUAACUCUGCAUCUCCACAAAGAUCACAGGAAGCAAAUUUUGUUGUUAGUAGGGAAGGGUAACGUUGGCCUUUGCACAACUGCGACCACGAAUACUGGAGCAUCCGGCGGAUGCGGUAGCAGCCAAAGAGGAACCUCUGACGCUCAACUGUAAGGCCGCCGGUCGGCCACCGCCGGAUAUAACCUGGUACCACAACGGGUCACCGCUCGGGUCUUCCGACCGCCGUGUGAUCCUCCCAGAAGGAUCGUUGUUCUUUUUGAAAGUAAUGCAGAACAAACGGGAACAGGAUGCGGGUGUGUAUCACUGUGAGGCACAGAAUCCCGCUGGAGUUGCAAUCAGCAGGAAUGCAACGCUGCAGAUCGCCAUGUUGAAGGAUGAGUUCCGGACAGUACCGAAAGACACAGUGGCGCUUGUAGGCGGUCCUGUAAUUUUAAACUGUACACCGCCGAGGGGAAUUCCGGAACCGUCUGUCCUCUGGAUUAAAGACGGCAAAUUGCUGGACAUCAGUGGAAAACGGUUGUCCAUGGUUGAUUCUGGUAGUUUGAUGAUUUCGGAGAUUCAGCCGAACGACACCGGAAAAUAUGAAUGUUCAGCACAAAGUAUGGCCGGUACGAAGACUACACCGUCGGUUUACUUGAAAGUGCUAGCACCCCCAACGAUUGUGAAAAGUCCUCACGAUACCGAAGUCCUCGAAGGGGAAGGUUUUGAUCUCCCGUGCGAGCUGGCUGGUGAUCCCAGACCGGUGGUAACCUGGCGUAAAGAAAGUGGCCGUCUUCCAGAAGGAAGAUCCCGCAAAUUAUUGGACAACACGCUGAGGAUAGAGGACGCUCGCCAGGAGGACGAGGGAAAGUACAUCUGCGAGGGUCACAAUGAGGGUGGUAAUGUAACCAUUUCCGUCUAUUUGUACGUAUACGAAGCACCGACCUUCAUGGAGGCACCAGUGGAUGUCGUGAUCAGGGAGGGUGAAGGAAUCACUCUGCCCUGUAGGGCCAAAGGGCGGCCAACUGUGCGAGUAUUCUGGGAUCGAAUUGAUAAGUCACACGUGAAUAAUAAUGGAAGUAAGCCCAUUAGUCAGGAUCAGGCCACUCAUAAGCCAGCGGAAAAAUCCAAGAGAAGUAUUUUGUUGCGAGCAAACGAGAAUCACGUGCGAUCAUUCGCACCGGAGACGAUCGGAAACUGGUCGAUAAAGAUAGAACCAGUUUCGGAGAAGCAACUAUUUCAACUGCCACACACUGCGCGAGUCCAGUUGGUGCGAAAUAAACGAGAAUCUGUCGAAUCUAGCAUAGAACUGGAGGCAAUCUCCAGUACAAUCCCUUCUCUAGUCAGUAAUAGUAUUGUACAUUUCGAGGAAAACGGAGGUCUUACAUUGAAGGCGAUCAGCAAAGCGGAUGAAGGAUGGUACGCCUGCGCAGCUAUUAAUGAGGCCGGUAGCAUAGUGAAAAAGAUCUUCAUCAAAGUUUUGGAUAAAGAUGAAUCGCUCGAAGCUCGCAAGGAGCAAAUCCAUACAUACGACCAGAGUCGCUGGGUUAGCGAACAGUUUAUUGUGCUCAACAACGUGUUCACCAUUUCGGCUAGUUCGAUUGGAAUCUCGUGGGACGUAACGGAUAGUGCCACAAAAAUGCCCCUUCGUAUGUAUUAUCGGAUCGCUAGCGAACCGAUGGCCAGUUUCCUGUACAAUUCAACCUUCGAAAGCCAAGUCACUGUCAGCAAUCUCAAGGAGUUAAUUUUAAACGAUUUGCGACCAUUCACGGAGUAUGAAAUUUUCGCCAGCAUUCCCGAGGGGCUGUCCGGUUCGGUUUCGAACAUUCGACGGGGAAAGACCCUCGAUGGGCCACCGACAGCAGCGCCAACGGAUGUGCGAGUGGGUGUGAUCAACACGACGGCUGCGUUUGUCCGGUGGUCUCCACCGCCGGUGCAUUUGCUGAACGGGGAACUGACUGGUUACAAGAUCCAGAUAAAAUCCAACACCACAAACAAGGUGCUGGGGCAAAUGGUGCUGAACUCGACCACACAAUCGGUGGUGAUUAACAGUUUAACACCUGGGGCGAUGUAUAUAGCCAAGGUGGCAAGUUUGACGGCCGGUGGUAUUGGUCCCUACAGUUUGCCAACUCCCCUGCACAUGGAUCCGCAAAAUAUUGUUCGAACGGACCCUACACCGAGUUACUGGAUGUCGUCGUGGAUGUCCGGCACGGCACUGGUGAUUCUUUGCGUGGGUCUCAUCGGGGGAGCGGUGUUCGCCAUCUUCUGGGCGAUCCGAAAGAAGCAAAGCGUAAAGGCAUCCUAUCCCGGUCCGUCGGUAACCACAAUCAUCCCAGAUAAGCAGCAUACGCUUUGGUUGCACGGAAACACGCUAGUUAAGCCAUCACACUCGCUAGACCCUCCAAGCACUAGCGAGUACGCAGAACUAACCAACAAUACGCAGAACAUGAAGAGCAACAACUGCAUUCCACCGGAGCCGUACGCAACGGUGACUCUGCAGCGCAGUGGAGCCGUUCAGGAAGAACCCUGUAUGAAAUGUGCCAACAGUCCGCAGUCCAGUGAAUACAACGCCCCGAUGAGGGAACCAAUCAACAUAUCAGAUGUACUGCCACCACCACCGGACCAUCCGUACGGUACAUAUCGUCCGCCGACUAGCAUGACUAUUCGAACGAACCCGGCUGCCCUGUCCCCGCAGAUGGUCCGCAAAAAUCAUGGCCCUCCGCCGAUGCCAAACCGUUGGGACACAAUGCCCCCACCCAUACCGAGCUUCCCGCAAAACUGGAUUCGACCACAUCACAUGACGAUGAACAAUGCCGAAAUGUACUCAGAGAAUGACUACGAAAGUGGUUCCGUAUUGUACGAGCAGUGCUACCGACCCGAUCAGAUGCCCCCGAUCGUGCCGCCUCCCAGCAAUGGUAGCCACUUCUUCAGCCACGCCGGAGAACCAACGGAGGAAUUCUACCGUCACAUGAACAUGGAAUUCGCCGAAGAUCUCGGUUUCGAACCUGCCAGUCCACCGGCACCCUGUCCGGAAACACCUUUCAACAGUAAAUUCCUAUCAAGCGGCGGCGUCUCCGACAGCCCCGUCAUAUCGCGCAAAAUCGGUGUAAGCACAAACCCUCGGGGACAUCUGCAGAACAGUGUCUCCAGCAAUAGCAACAACUACAGCAAUAGUAGUCAGCAUAGUGCUGGCCAGAGCUCCGAGAGCGACAGUGACAACCGGUGGGCUCCGGCCCGGACGAAACGCAGCAGAAGUAGGUCGAAAAGUAGCGAUCGAAAGUACAAUCGAACUCUAAUUCGAUAAAAGUCGCAACGCUACGCGCUAUGCCAUACUAAACUCUCUAUUAUACGUAUAAGUAAGUAAUGCAAAAAAAAAAACGCAGAAAAUUUCACCUUCCUCUAGUUAAGAAACUGCGAACUAGUAACCGAUCGAAAAUAAGCAGAAGCAACUCUAACUCUCUUAGUAGCAUCAUCUUUAUCUCUAACAAAACAAAAAAAAACAAAACCAAAUAACAAAUCGUAAUGAAAUCCCUAUUAGAGCUAUAUGAAAUAACUUUCACUACUCUCUCCCUCUCUCUCUCAGCCACACAUACGCGAUAUCUCAAUCUACUAUUUCCUCUCCACUAUCACUAGUCUGUACUACAACCGGAGAGCGAAAGGUUAGACGAGAGAAAACGUAACAAUCGCUUACCGAAUAAUUUCCAAGCAGUAUGUUUCGAAAACCGUUUGGGUGUGGAACGACCAACCGAAGUAACUUCGGUUGACAGUGUGUGUGUGUGACUCUAUUUGGACUAGUCUCCCCCCAGCGUGCAAACUAGCGUAAGAAAAAAAAACAAACAAAAAGCUUCACGAGGCUCAAAGUAGUAUUAGAUGGCAGGCUUGUUAUACGGAAACAAAAAUAUUAACAUUAACUUUUCUAAGCAUUCGUAAAGUAUACACAGUCUUUCAAUGGGAGGGGUUUUGACAGCAUCUUUAUGCUGCCCGGCCACCCAGAGAGAGGAUUAAGAUGGACUUUGUCUUCUUGUUGAAUGUGUGUUGAGAGUCGUUCAGGCGUUCGACUCUUUUUGUGUUCUCCGUUCAGCAAUGUUGUUCAAUCGGUGUUGACUUUUUUGCUUUUUUAACGGUCGUGUUAAAAAAUUGUAAUAUCUUUUACGAGUUUCCCACUCCACCCGAUUUGCCGACUAAGCUGCGAUGCGAAAUUUCACGAAAAGGCGGAGUCACGCAAAUAUUGGAACGACCGGUGACGUUAUAUAGAACGCCAGUGUUGCCAGGUUUCAAGGAGAAUCCGGUAGAAAGAAAAAACUGAAUUUGGUGGUAAUCUGGUGAUGGAUAACCAAAAUGGUUUACCAAGGGCCAUUUUUUGGUAAAAUAUUUACAACAAACAGUUUUUGUACCAUCUGCACCAGAAUACAAACGAUGAUGAUCAACUGAAAACUUCUAAAUCUGAUGAGAAAUGAGUGAGAUGUAAGCAUUCAAAACCUGACCACCUUUUCCAAAACAUUCAAUUAACUAAAGUAGUACGUGAUUCUGAUAAGAUUUGUAGUUUUCAAGUUUUGGCCUUUUAACAUCAAACUGGUCAACCUUUGAAUAUUAUUUGAAAAGUUACUCUUGAAAAAAAAUGUUACGAAAAAAGCACCCUAGGGUGGCAGUCAACAUAUGAGCCAACUUUGCUGAAUAGAAUUUAGUGGCAGUUCAGCGGAACCUGGACUGCCGUAGAAUGUAGACUGGGUUUUGUAGAUUUUAAUUGCUUGUUACCACUUAUGCAUAUUAAGAUAUUUUCAUUUAAAAGCUACACUCCUUCACCCACAUACGUUCCACGCCCAAAUAUUGUAGCCAGAUAUAAUAGGGUAGGCGAGAAUACUACGCACUAAAACUUCUCAAUAUACAUAUACAGUAAAACAUCCGGGAGUCAGAAGAAAAUACAUAAUUAUCCUAGCGAGACGAGCGAGCAGUCAAAUUGUGCCAUGAAAAUCAAGUGAGUUGGUCAAAACACACAAUAGAUGAAAAAAUACUCUAAACACAAAACAAAAGAAACAAAGCAAAUGUAGUACGAAAGAAAAACUACACAAACAGGAACGCAAAGCAGUGGACAAAGAAAAAGAUCGAUGAAUAUCGUUGUUGGUAGUAUAAAUUGAAUUACAACAAAACAAAACAAGUAAAACGGGACAUAAGAAAAAAAAGAACGUUGCAUAUUUACUUUCUGUUGCCAUAAGUUGAUGGUGUACCAUAUUGCAGGUAAGAUAGUAAGCGUGAAAAAAAAUAAACAAGCCAACCAACAUAAAACGAGCAGAUAUGUGUUCUUAUUUUCAUGUUUCUGCACAGAAAAAAUGAAGUUAUUCUGUUCAAGAAGUUGUUCUUUCAGUUUCAAGUUUGAUGUUUACAACCAAGCAUGCAAGUUGAAGGUAAAUUGAUUAUAAUUCAAAAUUUUGACACACGAGAAGAAAAAUCAAAACAUAUGACACACAAAUGACGCGAAAAUAUCAACUGUGAUAAACAAAACUAAAAUAAUGAAAACACAAAUAAUUGAGUAACUAUAUCUAACUUUAAAACGGGACGAAGGGAGGCAAAUCCAAGCUGUAUAAAAAGCAACAAUGCACAUAAGUAAACACACUAUUUCUCUCACUCACACACACAUAUACACACACACAAACAUACCAACAAACAAACAAAUCCGAAGCACACAAACCUUCUCACAGAUAAAAAAAAAAACUAGAUAAAACGAGAAAGAAACAGAAGCUGAACGCCACUCAAGACUCUGAUCUCACUCCACAAAGAUUUUUAUUGCACAUUAUUGAAGGAUAUUACUAAGGAAAAUGGUAAGAAUGAACGAAUUGGUAAAUAAAUAUAUAUAUAUUGAACAGCAGAACAAUGCAUUAUAAUUAUAUUAAUUAAUUUAUUGCCUUAACAGUAGCUAUUACGGGACAUUAACAUGAACAAGUCGAACAUUGGGAAGCGAGAAUACAAAGCAGCAGAAUUAUAUGUAUUAAACGCAAUAAUCCAAGCAUAAUCAACUUAUUCAUUAUAGCAUACAACAAACAAAAUAACGUAUAAGCAAAGCAUAGAAAGUGAAGAAGAGAACAGAAUAAACUCGAGAAGACUUAUUUUACAUUAUUAUUAGCGAAUAUCAUUAGCGAUAUUAGAAUCCUAGACGAUAAACAAACAAACAAGAAAACAAAACAAUACAAAACUUAACUAUUGAACAGUUCAAUUUUAUUAUCCAACAACAUCAGCAACCGCAGCAGCAAAAACCAACAAAACAGAUCAGAAGCCAACAUCCCAAAUCGACUAUUUAUAAACAUAAUCCCCUAUAGUAGCAAACAAAAAGAAAAAAAACACACUCAUUACCAAUAGAAAACCAUUUCCUAUGGUAGUUACUUAAUCGUUCAUCAAACUAUGAGAAGAAAACAUAAGUAAAAAAAAGAAAUAUUUCUCUAUUCAUCAUCCCCCACAUAGCGCAUUAUUCUGUAGUGUCAUUUGUAGCAAAAUGAAACACACAUAAUAAAAAUAAACCAACCAAGAAAUAUCGACCGAAGCCAACUCGCGACGUUAUACAAUAAUUUCGAACUGAAAACAGAACAUUCAUUCCAAGAUACCAUUUGCUGCAGAUCACCAAAGCCAAACAAGAGCAGUAUCAUCACAAUUUGGUUUAUUUUCUAAUUAUUUUCUUGCAAUCGCUAAAAUUGCUUCGUAAAUGAAAAAAAAAAACAAAAACAAACAUCCGGCUUACGCACGGAUGGAAACGAUCUAGAAUACAUCCACAUCAGAGAGGGAAAAAUACUAUACACUAAAAUAAAACGAAAAAAAAACUCUUUCAAACAAACGCUCGUAUGUAUCUCGAAGCCAUAUUAGCCGCAUCUUUUCGCUUGAAACGCUAUCUCUAUUGACAGAACUAGGAAACUCGUAAGAUUAGGUAAGUAGAGGAAACAUUUAACAAAGCAGAGAGAAAACGGGAACCCAGAGCAAACAGGCAAGAAACAAAGAAACACACAAACAAACAAAGUCAUUAAAAAACCUACAGAAGCUAGAAACGGUUUGGCCAUAUUUUACUUUUAAUUUUGUGUUUGAGAAAUUUUAGAGACUAGUUUUUAAAAACGGAAAUAAAAACAAAAGAACAGCAGAGGAAGAAAAAGACGCCGAAAAAAAAGCGGAAACAAAUAAAAAAACAACUAGAAAUACAAAUGAGCAGGUUAGCAGUUUUCCAUUGAAAUAAAUUAACAAAGAAAAAACACAA